AUGAAAAGACCAAAAGAGCGGCCUACACUGCCUGAGGACCUUGCAUCAUCGCCCUCCAUAUACUACCGUGCAGCAGGAGACGGGUCUGUCAUCGGUUUCGGAGCCUACGGAAAGGUCUUUAAGGCCCAGCAUGUCUAUACGAAGAAGUGUGUGGCGCUGAAAAGAAUCCGCGUAGAUGAGAGCCGCGAUGGGCUGCCAAUCUCGGCUAUCCGUGAAGUCAAGAUUCUCCAGUGCUUAAAUCACCACAAUAUUCUCAAGCUCCGGGAGGUCAUGGUGGAGAAGAAUGACUGUUACAUGAUCUUGGAAUACUUGCCUCAUGAUCUUGCUGGCUUACUCAACCACCCAUCGUUCAGGUUCGACACCGCUCAGACGAAGGAUCUGAUCAAACAGCUUCUUGAAGGGCUAGAUUACCUACAUCAACGGGGCGUUCUGCACCGCGACAUCAAGACUGCCAACAUACUCGUUGACAGCGACGGCACCCUCAAGCUCGCAGAUUUUGGGCUUGGUCGAUACUACGAUAAGCAUCGCCAGCUGGAUUACACUAACAGGGUAAUCACCAUCUGGUACCGGCCACCCGAGCUGCUCCUCGGAGAGACUCAAUACGGGCCGGCAGUGGACAUAUGGAGCGCUGCCUGUGUGAUGAUCGAAAUUCUUGAUGGUUGUGUUGUUUUCCGUGGUGGCGGCGGCGAGAUCAGCCAGCUCGAGACGAUCUACGCUCUACUGGGCACACCAACGAGGGCUGAGUGGCCUGCGAUAGUGGAUAAACCCUGGUUUGAGCUGCUCCGACCGGAACAUAAGAAACCCAACAUCUUCUCGGCUAGAUAUCAGGACCGAGUGUCGCCCGCAGCCCUUGAGCUCCUGGCCACCAUGUUCGCGUACGACCCUGCUAGGCGGCCCACGGCGUCCGAGGCUCUGCAACACGCAUAUUUUGCGACGGAAGAACCAGCUCCACGGCGAGCUGUCGAGCUUGCAACUCUUGACGGAGAGUGGCAUGAGCACGAGUCCAAAGCGUUGCGGCGUCAGAACGAGCGUAAUGAGAGGCAGGAGGCAAGGAAGUCACAGGCCGAUGACGCCGAUGGGGUCCGGGAUAGGGAUAGAAAACGGCGGCUCGAGAACGCCGAGUCCCGUCGUGGAUCCAAGCGGCGAAACGGCGACGAGAGGGCUGACUAG